CUCCAUUGGAUUCAUUGGACUCAUCCCUUGCGUCCCUGCUAGUGCCUUAUUAUUCUCUGCCGGUUGGGGAUUUAGAGCACUCGCCGUGCCUAGAUGCAACCAGAUGUGGAUGAUGAGCUCCCUGUCUCGACACCCAAGAGACAGCGGACUACAAAGGCCAAUGGCACUGAAGAUGACUACAUCAAUGGGGAUGGGGUGCCCGUAAUUACCCCGUUGAAGCGGAUGAAAAGCACGCCGCAAAAACCGAAAUCAGAAACCCCAGCAGCGUUGAAAGCUUCGGGAUUGAGAACUCCUACACGCCGAUCGAAAGCGAAAGCUUUAUUUUCAACUCCUACGAAAGAUGCCGCUGUUUCCACGCCCUCAAGAGCUCGAAAUGCCGAUCGAUCUGCGAAGAAGAAAAGUGCACGUCUGCUCCUCGAACAAGAUGAAGACGAUAUAUGGGACGGAGGAGACCGACUGGCAGAGGAAAUCUUGGCUGGAGAUAACGAUGCAUUGGAAAAAGUCAAUGGGCAGGAGCACGGAGUCAUUGAAACAGUCGAAGCUGAGGCUGGCGAGCCGGCAGGGGAUAAGACAGCGGCAACCCCGAAGCGUCGUGCGGGAAGACCAAAGGGCGCAAAGAAUAAACGCUCUCCAACGCCGGAAGGAGAGCUGCCUCCGCACGAGAGAUAUUUUUUCCAGAAUCGCGCGGGUCCUCCUCGAACAUCGAACAACAAUUUGAACAAGGUGAAUCUGUUGACCCAUGAAGAGUAUUUUGAGAAACGAUCACAAUACCAGGACCCUUGCAAGCAGGAGACCACCUUUCUCCACGACCUCCACGACCGGUCCUUCCCCCAAUGGGAUUUCGAAUUUGAUCAAGGGUUCAGUAUCUGCCUUUACGGAUACGGGUCCAAACGACGGCUGACACAGCAUUUCGCGGACUGGCUCUAUCAAAAAUAUAACUCUAACCCGCCUUCAGUGGUGAUUGUCAACGGGCACACACCCAAUGUAUCUAUAAGGUCUAUCUUCGCGACGAUAGUCACCGCAAUCCUUGGCGCUGAUAUCCCUUCGAAGAUGGGGGCGCAGCCGAUAGAAGUUUUAGAACUGCUCCAGUCUGUUCUAAAGUCGAGACCCUCGCAGAGCCCGAUCACAGUUUUCAUCAACUCCAUCGACGCUCCGUCCCUACGCCGUGCCUCGAAUCAAGCUCUUCUUGCUCGAUUAGCAGCUACCCCUAAGAUACACUUACUUGCGACGGCAGACACCCCCAACUUUUUGUUGAUGUGGGACAUCAGUCUCCGGGACCAAUUUAAUUUUGUGUUCCACGAUUGCACAACAUUCACACCCUUUGAUGCUGAAUUUGACGUUGUGGAAGAAGUCCACAAUCUGCUCGGCCGCAAGGGACUUCGCGCGGGAGGCAAAGAAGGUGUUGAAUUCGUGCUGAAGAGUCUUCCCGAGAACGCGCGCAACCUAUACCGACUCCUCCUAACCGAAUUACUUUCGAUGGCAGACGAGGGACAUAACGUCGACGAUGACGAUAUGGACGGUGCUGACGGUGUGGCCGGAGAUGGAUCUAGAGGCAACGACGGUAUUGAGUUCCGCACGCUGUACCAGAAGGCGUCUGAGGAAUUCAUCGCAUCCUCGGAGAUGAUGUUUCGCACCCUGUUAAAGGAAUUCCACGACCACCAGAUGAUCACCUCAUGUAUGGACACGAGUGGGAUGGAGAUUCUAAGUGUGCCGCUAUCCCGCGAUGAGAUGGAGGGAGUGCUGGAGGAUCUAGUGUUGGGCUGAAACAGCUCAUUCAAUAGAGCAAGCACAUUGGCAUGAAUCUAUGAUACCCUGUAUAAAAUUGUUUCAUAUCUGCAACGGCUUUUGUAGUCCUGCUGUUCCCGGGUUUAUCCUGUUCCGCAUAUAUAAUAUAAGACCACAAAAUACCACUACCA